AGUGCAUGAACUUAACCACUACACCAGUGGGCUGUCCCCUGCCUCCUUUGUUUUGAACCAUACCUUUGGGCUUAUGGUCAUGUAGCAGAGGAACAAAAAGCUUGGACCUGGUUUAUUAAUGGUCUGCAUGAUAUACUGCACCAACUGGAAGCAUACAGCCACUGAAUUAUGGCUCCACUCCAUAAUGAGGUGGUCUUGAAAAAUAGUGAUGAAGAGAAACUCUACCAGUGGUCACAACUUUGAAUAGAACAUCUGAUUGUUCUCUUUGUUAGAAAGGAGAGAUGGCCUGAGGUAUGAGUCUAUACUGAUUUAUGUACAGUGGCUAAUAGGUUGGCCAAUAACUUUGAAAGAAGAAGGUCUGAGAUAAGGAAGUCAGUGGGAGAGGUAUUACAAAUGGAUUCCCAAAAUUGGCCCAGAAUGUAAAAAUAUCUGUGAACUACAUACUUGCCCACAAGAGGGCAUCCAUCCCAAUACAGUCAUGUGCUGUAUAAUGUCAUUUUGGUCAGUGAUGGACAGCAUAUAUGACAGUGGUCCCAUAAGAUUAGUACCAUAUAGGCUAUAUUUGUAGUGGGCUACACCAUCCAGGUUUGUGUAAGUACACUCAAUGAUGUUUGCACAAUGACAAAAUCACCCAAUGAUGCGUUUCUCAGAACAUACCCCCAUCAUAAAGUACUGUGUGACUGUACUCAGGUAUACAAGAUGAUCUGUCCUAUAGAUGUCAGUCAGCCUUCACCCACUCACCAUAGUGCAAGUUCAGCAGGCCCACGUGGCAAUAGGAAUGGAGACUAAACAUGGAUUCAACAGCGUGGACUUCCACUUGCCAAGGAUAAUACUUACUGCCACUAUGGGGUGUUUAACCUGCUUAUAGCAGAGGCCAUUACAGAGACCCCAGUAUGGUUCUGUUCCCUAGACAGACCAGUCAACCUCCUAGUGGCAGCUUAAUUACACUAGAUCCCUUCCAUUAUGGAGGGAACAACGAUCUGUUCUUAUGGGAAUAGAUACAUUUCCAGAUACAGGUUUACGUGCCCUGCCUGGAAAGCUUCUACUAGUAACACAAAUCAUGGACUUACAGAAUCCCUUAUUUCAUCACUCUGUAUCAUCAACAACACUAAAUUUGAGCAAGAAACUCAUUUUACUAUGAGGGAAGUAUGGCAAUGGACUCAUGCCCAUCGAAUUAACUGAUCUUACCUCAAACCCAUCACUCAGAAGAAGCUAAUUUGAUAGAAUGGAGGAAAAGUCUGCUGAAGGAUCAGUUGUGGUACUGGCUGAGAGAUAACCCCUGUGAGGAUAUGAUACAAGACUUAACCCAGUAGCCAAUACAUGUUGUCUUCUACUGCAUAUUCAGGAUACAUGGGCCUAGGAACCAAAGGGUAGAGGUAGGGGUGGCUCUUCUAUUAUUCCUAAUAACUCACUUGAAGAAUUUUUUGUUUCUGUAACUUUUUCUCUACAAUUUCGUCUUUAAAACACUGGGCUCAGUGUAUCUGAACCCCCUAGUGUGCCCAUGGGACAGGUACUUUCCCCAGAUAACACAAUCACAGUUCCAUUAAAUAAGAAGCUGAAACUACCACCUAGCUGAUAUAAGGUCUUCAGACCCGUGAGCCAGCAGUUAGAGGGGGGAUCAUUGUGCUGCUUGGGCUGACUGGUCCUAAUUACCAAGGGGAAAUUGGUUGUUGCUCCACAAAGAGAACAAGGACUAUGUCUGGAACCCCAGAUAUGCACUAGGGUACCUCUUGGUGUUCACCUGUCCAGUAUUACUGGACAAUGGGAAACCGCAGCAACCCAGUAAAGAUAAGAUUGCUAAGGACUUGGAUUCUAUGAGAGUAAAGUUUGGGUCUCCCCACCAGAUGAGUUACUACUGGAGGGUAAGAGGAAAAUGGAAGCUAUGAUCAUUACCUUGGGCCUUGUGCUCAAAAACUAUCCUCUCUCCUCUUUCCUUAUUAACAGAACCACAAUUUUGUUGACCUUUUCUGAGUGCCUAUGACCAUCAGAGGAGAUGGAGACCCAUCCCACUUGUGAGGAGUAAAUCUUGAUUGGCCUAGCCUCAUUCCUCUUGUUAAAGGGAUGGUUUAGGCUUAGACAAUUCUGGACAAUGACACAUGAGGAAAACCCCGAUGGAAUGCUUAUAGGAAGAAUUUCCUCACUUUUGACAAGGUACACAAGACACAGACAUGACUUUUUCUGUGUCUAGGCAUGUCUAUCUGCCUCUGAUGACUGGAAUGGCAAGUGCCAUUUUGGAACCAUGAGAGGAGCCCACAUUAGAAAAUAAGGUGAGACACUGAGGAUGGUAGAGUGCAACCUUGGUCCUUGUGGCAAAGUCUACUGGUAUUCUCCAAUAUCCAUUUCCCUUCUUUCAUUAGUAUUAGACCCCCUAAAUUUUAGUUGGAUACAUGGUAUAUUUAUCAAUAGGUGGGACAUUUACUGGUCAAGGAUAUUUGAGUAGAGGUGAUAUGUGAAACUUCUGGGUUGUACCUUUAGAAAGGAUAUAUCAACUUCUUCCCUUUCUUCCCUUCUACCUGGCUAGAAUGAAGAUGUGAAUACCCAAGCAGCCAUCUUGGAUUAUACGAUGGAAGUCCCAAGUUAAAGGUGGAAGAAAGCAUAAAGAACUUAGGUUCCUUAAUAUUUUGAAGCCACUGUAUUAGCCCUGGAUGGCUUAUGCUCAGAUUAUUUCUUCAGAGAGAAAUAAAUAUAUGUCUUAAGCCACUGUAAUUUUUUACAGCAGCCAAAUCCAUAUCCUAAGUAAUAUAGUCCAUGAUGAUGUUGAGCUGAUGAAUUAACUGACUAUCUUCAAAAAAAUUAUGUGACAGUAAAUGUCCUUGUUGUUUAAACCAUUUUGAGUUGCAGCAAAAAACGUUCUGAUACAAAUACUGUUCAAAGAUUGCCAGGUGCAGAGGGAAGGAGUGAGCUGGAGUGUCAGCAACUGAGAAACUCCUGAUUGAGAGAGGCCUUUUCUUCUGAUGGAGGAAAUGAGCAUGGUGAAGGAACCAGUGGAAGAAAAAAUAAUUGACAAUACAGAAGAAAGGGAAAAAUUUAUGGAGUAACAUCCCAGAGAAGUUAAGAAGAAAGACGAUCAGAAUGACGUCAGCAUCAUGGUGGAGUGAGCUCUUCCCUUAGACUCUCCCUCCUAAGCCCUAAGAGGCAACAAAAAGGACACUCAUAAACCAAUAGAGGACAUUCACACAACACAAUAGACAUAUGAGAGAUCCAUGCAGCCAUACACCUGAAGGUGGAGGUGCUGAGCCCCUGGGGAGGCAGUGGAAGGAGCGCCACAGCAGCCUCCUGCGAGUGGAGUGGAGCGCGCCCAGCGCGGGCACAGCCCUCGGCCAGCACCUGCGCCCGGGAAGGGACAGCGAGCGCUGUGGCCGCGCCUCUCCGCCCCCGCGCGACCACCAUGGCCAAGAACCGCAGGGACAGGAACAGCUGGGGUGGGUUUUCAGAAAAGACAUAUGAAUGGAGCUCAGAAGAGGAGGAGCCAGUGAAAAAGGCAGGACCAGUCCAAGUCCUCAUUGUCAAAGAUGACCAUUCCUUUGAGUUAGAUGAAACCGCAUUAAAUCGGAUCCUUCUCUCAGAGGCUGUCAGGGACAAGGAGGUUGUUGCUGUGUCUGUCGCUGGAGCAUUUAGAAAAGGAAAGUCAUUCCUGAUGGACUUCAUGUUGAGAUACAUGUACAGCCAGGAAUCAGUUGAUUGGAUUGGAGAUUACAAUGAACCAUUGACUGGUUUUUCAUGGAGAGGUGGGUCUGAACGAGAAACCACAGGAAUCCAAAUAUGGAGUGAAGUCUUCCUUAUCAAUAAACCUGAUGGUAAAAAGGUUGCCGUGCUCCUGAUGGAUACUCAGGGAACCUUUGACAGCCAGUCAACUCUGAGAGAUUCGGCCACAGUGUUUGCCCUUAGCACAAUGAUCAGCUCAAUACAGGUAUAUAACUUAUCCCAAAAUGUUCAGGAGGAUGAUCUUCAGCACCUCCAGCUUUUCACUGAGUACGGCAGACUGGCAAUGGAGGAAACCUUCCUGAAACCAUUUCAGAGUCUGAUAUUUCUUGUUCGAGACUGGAGUUUCCCAUACGAAUUUUCAUAUGGAUCUGACGGUGGCUCCAAAUUCUUGGAAAAACGCCUCAAGGUCUCAGGGAACCAGCAUGAAGAACUACAGAAUGUUCGAAAGCACAUCCAUUCCUGUUUCACCAAAAUUUCCUGUUUUCUGCUACCUCAUCCUGGCUUAAAAGUGGCUACCAAUCCAAACUUCGAUGGAAAACUGAAAGAAAUAGAUGAUGAAUUCAUCAAAAACUUGAAAAUACUCAUUCCUUGGCUACUUAGUCCUGAGAGCCUAGAUAUUAAAGAGAUCAAUGGGAACAAAAUCACCUGCCGAGGUCUGGUGGAGUACUUCAAGGCUUAUAUAAAGAUCUAUCAAGGUGAAGAAUUACCACAUCCAAAAUCCAUGUUACAGGCCACAGCAGAAGCUAACAAUUUAGCAGCCGUGGCAACUGCCAAGGAUACAUACAACAAAAAAAUGGAAGAGAUUUGUGGUGGUGACAAACCGUUUCUGGCCCCUAAUGACCUGCAGACCAAACAUCUGGAGCUGAAGGAAGAGUCUGUGAAGCUCUUCCGGGGGGUGAAGAAGAUGGGCGGGGAGGAGUUCAGCCGGCGUUACCUGCAGCAGUUGGAGAGUGAGAUAGAUGAACUCUACAUCCAGUACAUCAAGCACAACGACAGCAAAAACAUCUUCCAUGCAGCGCGCACCCCAGCCACACUGUUUGUUGUCAUCUUCAUCACGUAUGUGCUUGCCGGCGUGACUGGAUUCAUCGGUUUGGACAUCAUAGCUAGCCUGUGCAACAUGAUCAUGGGACUGACCCUCAUCACCCUGUGUACCUGGGCAUACAUCCGGUACUCUGGAGAGUACCGGGAGCUGGGAGCCGUGAUAGACCAGGUGGCUGCAGCCUUGUGGGACCAGGGAAGUACAAAUGAGGCUUUAUACAAGCUUUACAGUGCAGCAGCAACCCACAGACACCUGUAUCAUCAAGCUUUUCCUGCACCAAAGUCAGAAUCUACUGAACAAUCAGAAAAGAAGAAAAUUUAACCCAAAUUUUUAAAAAUACAGGUGCAUGACCAAUUGCCAGUUAAAUAUUCAGUUUUUUGUCUCCAUGCAAACAUUCAAAGUGCUUCCAUCAGAACCGAGUAAAAUACCGAGCCUGCUGGAGCCUGCAGUGGGCCGGCGCUUUCACACCAGUGUGUCCUAAGCAGAUGUGUAGAUGCAUGGUUAUACCAUUCGGUUAACAUGUACAGUUCCCUGAUUUUGUCUUCAGAUAUGCUGUUAUAAUUUAAAGUAUUUGUCUAUUUAUGAUGACAGUACAUGUGUUCUGCUUGAAUUUACUAAAUUCUACUACUGGGUUAUAAUUAAACCGUGUAGUAAUAUUAUUCCAAGUUUGGAUAUGCUCAUUUAAUUUCUACAGAAGAAUUUUUUAAUUACUUCACAGUCAUCUGGUAGAGCACAGCAUCAUAACUCAGCAGGCUUGAUUCAGUCUAUAUUAUCUUACAUAUACCAUGAGCUCUUAUUUUUAGAGACAUUUAAGAGAGCUUUUCAGUUGCUUUAUCAAAAACUAUAUAUUGCUUCUUUUAUAUUAUGAUUUAAUAUAGAAUAUAAACCUCUUGAUCAAAAAUGCACAAAAAUCACUUUGUAUAUGUAAUUGAGUUUCACUGCAUUGUAUAUUUUUUCAUUUGGUACACAAAGAAAUGUAUUCUUCAUAAGUUUAUUCUUUUAACAUGUGAACUAUUAGUAAAGUUUACUUUGGUUCCUAAGAUUAAAAACAAAUGCUUACUGAAUUUGGAAA